AUGUUUUGGAGGUUAUGUUGUGCAAUUGAUAUACUAAGACAACGAACACGAGACAUCGAAGUAAAAAGGUACUGCAUAUCAUUACUUGAAAAACUGGGAAGUUUUGAAUACACACGACAGACACUGGAUUUGCUUGAUAAGCAAGCUCGAGCUGAGGUUAAGCGUCUUGGAGGAAACCCUUUAAUGGAAGCUGUACUUGAUGAUUUGUUGAAUUGGAAAAGGCAAAAUGGAGAUGGCAACAAACAAAAUGCAUAAAUUAUUAAAAUAAACAAUCUCGAAUAUUUCUCA